CGUAACUGGAAUAUUUUCGACAAAAAUCGACUUGUGUUGUGUGUUUUGGAGUGCUUCUCGUUUUGGAUUUAUUUUUAAAAUUGUUCCGGAGUGCGACCAGCUCUUGGAAGACAGGUGGUUUUCAAAAUCGACAAAAGGAAUUUAUUAUUGAAAAAUAAACAAUAGGUACGAUUUCAGACAAGAAUUCAAGAUGACUUGAUGAUCAGGUGUGGAAGUAUAUCUCUCUCUUAGAACCUCUUGUGUUCGAUGGCUUUGCUGCAUGUUGACCAGAUUGAGAUUCACAGGGACAUAGAAAAUAGUGAGGAUUGUAUUUCAGUUCAAAAUGAUGCGAAGGCACCUGACGAAAAAAUGUCGACAAAUGGGCAAUUACAUUGUGAACCAAAUUUGCCCAUCGAGUUCAAUAAGGUAAACGAAGACGAGGGCGAGACUAAAAAGAACGAUUUUACCUUUUUUAAUAUACCCUAUGACAAAAUGGGCUUAAACAACAGCGGCCUUUCUUCCCAUCAAGGGGAUGUCACUGAAUUGGUUCCAGACCUCUUGUCUUCGGAUUAUGAAACGAAAAGUCUUUUAGGAGAAUGCCCUCCUGAUAGGUCAGAUGGAAGUGAUUCGGGGCUCGGCUCUGAAAUUACAGAUGACAGGACGUGUCAUAAAACAGACUCUUUGUCUUCUGAUGAACUGAACGUUCCUCCUGCUAAUGACUGUGCCUGGGAAUCCCUGCCCUAUCCGAGUUCCGGCUUCUCCAGUGAACCACCCACCUCAAGCAGUUCAGAAGUCAAACCAAAGAGUAUGCUUAAAAGGAGGAGAACAGAUUCAAUUGGACAAAGCCCUACAGCUAAAAAACAUCGAAAAUCUAUUGCAUUCGGAGAGGUCCAUGUUUAUUACUUUCCGAGAGCUCAAGGCUUCACUUGUGUCCCUUCUCAGGGUGGUUCUACUUUAGGAAUGCAGCUCAACCACACGGACAGAAGAGUGUUUUCAAUUGCUGAACAUGUUUCUGAGCAAAGACGAGUACACCGAGAAAUUCUCGCUCAGAUCAGAAGCAGCUCUUCAACAACUACAUCUUCAUCGAGCGAUUCUGAUACUGAUGAUCAGAACACCGAAUCUGAGCUAGAUCCUGAUAAUUAUUUUUUUCUUCAACCUGUUCCUACACGACAAAGAAGAGCAUUACUCAGGGCAGCAGGGGUUAGGAAAAUUGAUACUCUUGAGAAAGACGAUUGUCGAGACAUAAGAACAUCAAGGGAGUUUUGCGGCUGCGCUUGUAAAGGUUUCUGUGAUCCUGACACGUGUGCUUGCUCUCAAGCUGGAAUUAAAUGCCAGGUGGAUCGGCUUAACUUUCCGUGCGGAUGUACACAUGACGGUUGUGCCAAUUCGAACGGGAGGAUCGAGUUCAACCCGAUGAGGGUGCGUACUCAUUUUAUCCAUACUAUGAUGCGUCUCGAGAUGGAAAAGAAAAGAGAAGAAGAAGUAAGCAUAUUGGCGUUGCCGCUUUCCGAUGAUAACCAGUCAAACUUCCAAAACUUCCCGUAUAGAGACGACCUUUACAGCUUUUCUUUCGACCAGGGUCAAAGCACAAACUUCAAUUAUACAUACAACAAUUACAGUUCUCAGUACAACACAGAUAUGUCGAGCAACAUCGAUUUUCACCACCAGCCAUACGACAACUUCCAUCAGAGUUUCACCACCGAACACAGAUACCCAGAAGAUAACAAAUUAGAGUCUUUUUCAGAGCUCUUGCAAGGGAGAUAUUCGGAAAACGUGUUAGACAGUCUGACAUCAUUGCCCGAAGAUUUACCAUCAACUUCUAAUAAAAGUAUCGUGCAAGAUGAUUGUGAAGCGGAAAAUUUUGGUGAAAUAAUUAAAAAAACGAUGGUAGAAAGUGCAACAGCUUAAACUUGUAUACACAUA